AUUGUCACAAAAACUUGUAGGUUGUGGAAUGAUCUAGUUUCAUUGGUGUUCAUCCUCAAGCAUCAUUGCCAAGUGUGGUAUCACCUCAUAUAUUGAAGUCAUUAUUUGUUUGAGAAAUGUCUGACAUAGAUGACAUGAACUUCAUCGUCAAGACCAUGGGUGAGUGGAAAGAUGGCACCUGAAGCCUGCAUGGACAAUGACUUUCUUGAAAGACUGUGAUUCAUACCUUUCCACCCUUUGGACUUCUCCAAUUUCAAUUUGAUGUCUAUGACCACUGAAGCAGAGAGAGAUCCACAGAAGCGCCGUGUGAAGCCUACAGCAGAGUCCCUUAUCGGCCUCGAGAUCCUGGCCAUGGAAGAGGAUAGUGAUGAUGAUUCAGACUUCAAGAUUGAAGGUGGGGAGGAAGAGGAGGAGGAUGAUGACGUCGCAACAGAGAGUGAAGAGUCUUCCUCUGCUUCUGAUCAAGAUGAUGACAAUGUCAUGGAAAACGCAUGUGAAAAGCCUGGUCUCACUGUUGGUGACAUCCUUGAGAAGGCUGAGGCUCUCAUUUCCAACUCCCUAGCAAAGGGAAGAGAUCAAGAAAUGAAAGAGAUGCCAGCCAAGCUCAUUUGCUGUGUAUGCCUAGGUGAUGCCACCUCUCUCUCAGAUGAAAUCAUCGAGUGUGAUGGAUGUGGGGUUUCAGUUCAUGAAGGUGGGAUUUUCAAGGAGACUGAUGUGGGGAAAUGGGUGCAUCUGGUGUGUGCAUUGUUUGUUCCUGGUGUUGCAUUUGGAGAUCCUGAACGGUUGGCUUAUGUCACUCUGUUUGAAAUCAAUUAUGGUCUGUGGGGGGCAAAACCCUGCUGCAUCUGCUCAGACACACAAAUGAGUCGGACUGGAGUUUGCAUUGGCUGUGAUGCUGGUCUAUGCAAGACCCACUUCCAUGUCACCUGUGCUCAGAGGGAAGGCCUCCUCCAUUAUCCUCAUGAUCAUGGUAUGACUGCUGGAGAACAGGCUGAUCUGUACUAUGCUCAUUGCAGACUUCAUUCUGACAGAAAUUAUAUCAGAAUGAAGAAAGGAAAUUGGAUGGCUCUAGAAGCACAGAUUAAACGUCGAUUGGAAGAACGGAAAAGCAAAGUGGAAGUAGGCCUCAUUGGGCCUGAACUGGACCAGGGUCGGUUGAUACGAAAGCUCAGGCGGCAUCGAAUGAAGUAUGAAGCUUCCAAGGAGAAUCGCUCUCGCCCACAAGUGUUACCUCAUAAGCUGGGUCCACGUGCAAUCACAACAAGCGCUUCAGCAGUGCGUCGUUUUCGACAAAAGGCAGAACUCAUGGGUAUCCCGAUGGCUUCAGUUGAGGCAUCCCAGGAACAGAUGCAAAGCCUUGGAGAUGUUCAUCGCAAGUGGCAUAUCCCACCUGCUUUCACGGUGGAGUUUGUAGCAUAUUAUUUAGAUCGUAACAGGCGUUUGAUGGAAUUGAAGAAGACUGUAUCCAAGUUAGCAUCCAUGAAUGAGUCCCUUCAGAAGGAAGAGCGAUCCCUGAGGAAAAUAUUUGAAGAGGUGUCUGAAAAACACUCCAAGGUGCAAGAGCAUGAUCGUUUGGUGGAAGAAGCUCAAGGAUUGCAAGCAGCCCUGUGUCACCUUUCUGGCAGAGAGUUCCCCCUCCCUCAGUUCCUCUCCAAGUCCAAACAGGAAACUGGUAGUUCACUGAGUCCUGACUCCCUCAAAGAUUCCAAGAAAUCAAACAAGAAAUCAAGAGAAAGAAAAAGCAUAUUUGAUCCUCUUCCACCUAAAGAUGUGGGGCCAGGAUUGAAACUUCUCACUUGUCAUGUGUGCAAGAGCACCAAGGAUCAACAUUUCCUGGUCACCUGUGACACUUGUCAUAGCCAUUAUCAUAUUGGGUGCCUUGACCCUCCUCUCACACGCAUGCCCAAGAAGACUCGGCUUUAUGGAUGGUAA